AUGGGCCAUCGUGGGAUUCCAAACCCAGACCAAUUGGCGCUGACACAGGCCAGCUCCCAUCCUUGCCAGCCAGACACUCCCACCUGCCCAGCCACAUUCUCCCAUUCCCAGCCAGCCAGACACUCCACCUGCCCAGCCAUCCCACCCGACAUCCAGCCAGUUAAACCAAAUUCAAACAGCCACACUCCCACCUGCCCAGAGGAACACUCCCAGGACCCAGCCAUCAGGAACUGCAACAUCCUGAUGGACAUUAACCACUGGAGCAGAUCCAUCAAGGCCCAGGCCCUCAACACCCCACCACCCACCGCCAGCCAGCCACACACUCCCACCCGCCCAGCCAGCCACUCCUGCCAGCCAGCCACCUCCCUACCCGCCCAGCCAGCCACACUCUGCCCACGCCCAGCCAGCCACCUCCUACCCGCCCAGCCAGCCACCUCCACCCUUAGCCAGCCACCGGAGAACUGCACAACAUCCUGCACAGGACAUUAA